AUGGCGAGAUUGACAUCUUCCACAAGGCCUAGAAAGCCCUCGUUGGCGGUGAAACAGCAGCAACCGCCACAGCAGCUGUUGACGCCCUCCUCGACGACGAGUGGUGGCAGAUUCCAGCAAGCUUACACAGCUAAGCUUCGGCAAGAAGAUGCAGAGAACGAGCGGAACCGGGCUGCUCCAUUAUCUUCGCAAGAAGGAAGACACAAGCCGGCGCCGGCACCCACGCCGGACUUCCUCGAUGACGACGAUGACGAAAUUCUCGACCUGACUGGCAAUGAUACCGUUUUGUCAUCAGACUCAGUGGGAUUUGAUGAUGGGGUUACCAUAUGGAACGAGGCGCAUGCGUCAAGACCGGAGCCGCUGAGCAAACGAGGGCAGAAGCGGAAGAGCACUGAGAUGAGCAAAGCGGGUGACUUGGAGUCGGAUUCGGACGAGUUCCCAGACAUCUACAAGACGUUGGGAACACCUGCGCCAAAGGGUAGUUGUUCGGUUAAGGGACCGAGGACGAUUCCCUCCAGUAUUCGUCGAGCAACUACCGACAAAGGGGUCAUUGAAGAGCGUACUAUUACACAAACAAUCAGUCGGACCCAGCGUACCUACAGAAUGUCUGAAGAGCCUGCUGGCAACGGCACACCGCGACGAUUACCUAUGGCUUCGGGAGGUCAGCAGGUGCUUGGUCGGACACCAAGCAAGGCUUUACGGAUAUCGUCAAGUCCAGAGUCGAACUCCAGAGUCGGGUCACUAGAUCUCCAAGCACAGAAGCAACGCAGCAAACCCCGGGUAAUACAAGAUACGGAUGACGAGUUCGAUGACGGGGAUCUUGAUGAAGAGCUUCUUGCUACACCAAGCCGCCAUACAGGCUCAACGAUGCCGUUUACGAAUCCUAGGUCAAGGCCAGCAUCGAUUCCUCUCGAUGACACCAUGCUAUCUGAUGGGCUUGUUGCUCCUGAUACCCCCUCCAUACCUACCUCAUCGGUGCUGCGACCGGAAAGCCACGAGGCUCCAGCCGAGACGAGCUAUGCACCCUUGCCAUCUCGAGAUCAACCGACGAAUUCCACGUCCCAGCAAAGCACCUCUUCACAGACGCAAAAGUCUGCUGUGCUUAAGUUCAUUCUAAACAACAGAGACUCCCUCAAGGCCAGGGAGAAGAUGAUUCAAGACCAGCGCGAUCAGAACCUGAAGGACUAUGCCAGGGUCUUACGAGAAGGCACUAAAGAAGAUCGUGCCCAACUUAAGAUCGCAAAGGAAUUGUUGCUGAAACAACAGGCUGGGCUGGAGGAAGUUUCUGAGCUGCUUAAUGCACAUGCGGCACUUGAAGAUGAGAGAGAGUCUCUCGCAAUGCAGAUUGCCGAUGCAUACAACGAAGGUCGCGAUACUGAAGAGGAAGAGAACCGCUUAGAUGAAAUCGCCGACAAAGUCAAAGAUUUGGAGCAGUCCAUCGAUGAACUUCUCCCUGGUGUCGGCAUAGUGGACGAAACCUUCAUCGAAGAAUACCGCAGAUCCAAGUCCGUGGUCAUGAGCACGCAGCCUGGCCACAAAAUGUCUUCUAGGGCAUCCAGGGAUAUACCAGGACUCACGGAAAUGGAUAGUCAAGUCAUUCACCAGACACAGUUCCCCGGGUCGUCAAGGCUUACUGACCCAAGAGAUCACUCGCCGCCGCCGUUUCCCCGGAGUCGACCGGCAGCUCCAAGGAGUGCGAAACCUGUUGCACCAAGUGCCAAGCCCCGUCGACGCGAUGAGUUCGAAGAUGAAUUCUUCGAUGAUAUUGAAGACGAUUACGGCGCAUUCAUUCCUCCCCCGCCACCUGUGUCUAGGCCAACGCCAAAUCGAAAGAGUCCUCCCAAGAAAGCGGGUCAUCGUGCUCAAGACAUGUCCAGCGACUACGGCGAUGAUGCAGACGCGGACAUGCUUGCACUGGCUCACGACUUCGAGCUUCGGCAGUCUUCGUCUGCCGAAACAACGAGAGGCCGCAGUGCACUGACUUCGACAUCGGGCAAUGCUGUUCAGCCUUUGAAGGCAGUCGAACCACUGAAGAAGAGAGAGCCUUCGAAAGCGAAGUUGUCAAUGCCACCAGAACUGAUGAAACACCCCUGGUCAGCAGACGUGAGGAAGGCUUUGAAAGACAGAUUCAGGAUGAGAGGGUUUCGCUCUAAUCAGCUUGAGGCUAUCAACGCCACACUCGGAGGUGAAGAUGCUUUCGUGCUGAUGCCAACCGGCGGCGGUAAAUCCCUUUGCUACCAACUUCCAGCUAUUGUUACUAGCGGCAAGACGAGGGGAAUUACGAUUGUCGUCUCCCCUCUGCUUAGUCUUAUGCAAGAUCAGGUGGAUCACAUGUCAGUUGUCAAUAUUCAAGCUGUUUCGCUCAAUGGCGAGACGAGUUCCCAGAAGCGAAGUCAGAUUUUCUCUUCGUUCAAAGAGAGGAGUCCGGAACUUUACAUCCAGCUGCUCUACGUCACGCCGGAGAUGCUGAAUAACAGUGACAACUUCAUGAGGGCCCUAACCAGUCUUUACUCCAACAAGCGGCUCGCACGAAUCGUAAUUGACGAGGCACAUUGUGUCAGUCAAUGGGGUCACGACUUUCGACCAGACUACAAGGCACUAGGCAAACUUCGCAACCGCUUUCCUACUGUUCCCAUUAUUGCACUUACGGCCACAGCGACUCAGAACGUCAUUGUCGACAUCAAGCAUAACCUAGGCAUGGACAGCUGCCAGGUCUUCAGUCAGAGCUUCAAUCGCCCAAAUCUCACGUAUGAGGUUCGGCGGAAAGAGAAGGAACUGAUCCACAAGAUCGCUGAUUUGAUUAUGUCCAAGUACGACGGACAAUGUGGAAUCGUCUAUACUUUGUCGAGGAAAACUGCAGAGCAAGUCGCCGAGAAGCUGCGUUCUCAGUAUGGCGUCAAAGCAAGUCACUACCACGCGCAGAUGACUCCUGAGGACAGGAUCAGAGUACAGAGGGAAUGGCAAGCGGAUAGGAUCCAUGUCGUUGUAGCGACAAUUGCGUUCGGCAUGGGCAUUGAUAAGCCUGACGUCCGUUUCGUCAUUCACCAUUCGAUCCCCAAGAGCUUGGAAGGCUACUACCAAGAAACAGGGCGCGCUGGGAGAGACGGUAAUCCUUCGGACUGCAUUCUAUUUUUCGGUUAUCAGGAUGUAGCCACACUGAAGAAGAUGAUUUCGCAGGGCGAAGGAAGCGAGGCACAAAAAGAACGGCAACGAAUGAUGCUCAAUCGAGUCACUGCGUUCUGCGACAACCGGGAAGACUGUCGCCGCGUUGAGAUUCUUCGCUACUUUGGCGAACAGUUCAACUCUGACGAGUGCGAGAAGACCUGCGACAACUGUCGAGCAGGCGCUGUCUUUGAGCAGCAAGACUUCUCUGAACUUGCCGUUGGAGCUAUACAGACCAUCCAACUUCACGAGCGCCUGACUAUAAACCAGUGCAGUGAAAUCUUGAUGGGAAAGAAGUACCAAAAGACAAUUGAUCCGCAUCCUGACGAUCCUCAUGGCAUCGCAAAGGGGAUGAAGAAGCAUGAACUCGAACGCAUCAUCGAUAGACUUACAGCUGAGGAGGCCCUAGAGGAGGAGAAUGUGGUGAACAAGAGGGCCGGUAUCGCGAUCCAGUAUCUCAUCCCUGGUCGCAACGCCCACUUGUUUCUCAAUGGCCGACGCAAACUAUUGUUAUCGGUCCAGGUUUCUGAUAGGAAUAGGGAACCAUUGGCACCAAAACCCAAAAAGCGGACCCAAAAGAGCAAGAAGAACGAAGAGCAGGACCUGGACGAAGAACCGCCGAGGAGACGCCUGCCGCCUUCGACCAACGUGUCUUCGCCAGCGCAAGCUCGAAGAACGCAAGACAAGAGGUCAAAGGGCAAGUCCCUUGCGACCGUCAUCGAUUCUGACGAGGAAGACGAGGUGCUAAGGCAAGAGAUGGCAGAGGAAAGUCUUUCGCUACACGCAAACGGCUACAUCAAGGAUGGCUUUGUCAUGUCCGACAAUGAAUCUGACGAUGGAUUCGAGCCACUGCCCCCACCUCGAAAACGUGGGAAUGCCUCCAAGCCGGUUGGGCCCCGUAUCGAGGAGGACAUACGCCUAGGGGCACUUGACGAACUGCACCAAGACGUCGUCCACAAUUUUGUCCAGGAGGCUAAGCAGCUCGAGGAGUCUCUGCGGAAUGCGCAAGGGCUCCGAAAACCUCUGUUUUCCGAGAAGAGUUUCCAAGAAAUGGCUAUCCGGUGGACAGAGACUCUCCCUCAAAUGCGACAAAUUUCAGGGAUCGAGCCAGGAAAGGUGGAUAAGUUUGGGAGCAAAUUCGUGCCCCUGAUAAAGCGUUUUCACAGCAACUACAAGGCAAUGCUCAGCUUUGCGGACGAAGACGAAGACAUGGAAGCCGAAGAGCAGAGCAUCGUCGAUUUGAUUAGCUCCGACGAAGACGAGAACAUGGAUGAUGAGGAAGAGGAAGAGGAAUCUUCGAAGUAUUUCAGUAGUGGACCGCCUCCCCUCGCGCCUUCUGUCCAGGAAUGGAACCAGCGAAUGAAGGAACUAGAUACGGCGCCUCCGAGCCGAGCCUCAUCGUCAACUUCGACAAGGGGGCGUGGUGGUGCUCGAGGCGGUCGGAGAUCAGGGGGUCGCAAGGGCUCCAGCUCAUGGGCAAGCAAAAAACAAGGAGGCGGCGUUACCAAGAAAAAGGCUUCUGGCGGGACAAACAGAAGAAGCAGCGGCGGGGCAUCAGCUUCGAGAAACAGCGCCGUGACCAGCUACUUCUCCAAGGGAAAAAGAGGUGGUGGCGGUGGCGGCAGCGGUAUCGGGCUGAUGCCACACUGA